AUGGCGCACACGGCGGCGGCGCUGCCGAAGGAGGUCAUACUCAACGGGCCGGACGGGGCGUACACAUAUACGCUGAGCCGCAUUGACUUUCCGGUGCCGAAGCUCGAGGGCAAGCCGAAAGUCGGGCUCAAGAGGGGACGCGAGCCGGCCGGGCACGGCGGCCAGGGCACGGCGGGGAACAAGGGCACGGCGGGGAACAAGGGCACGGCGGGGAACAAGGGCAAGCAGCGGCAGCGAGAGGCGUCUGUUUCGUCGGAUGACGAGCGGCAGGGUGUUUCGAAACGGCCGAGGCAGCAGCCCAAAGAGAGUGUAAAAGCUCGUCAGCCGGCCGAGGGCCAUCUUGCGCGACAGCUGACCGAGGUGCAACAGCCAGCCAAGGGCAAUCACCACGUUCAACAGCCAGCCAAGGGCCCCGUGCGAAAGAUGGUCCCCACGAGGACAGAGGCGCACCCGGGGCCGACCAAGACGCAGCUGCUACCGGCAAAGCCGCUCGCACGUCCGAGCCAGCCCCGAAGACACGAUUCCGAGAGGCCGCCGCCGUCCGCGCGGCCACCUUCGACGAGGCCACCACCCGGCAGGCCAGGAUCAGCAGGCCCGUCAGCAGGCCCGUCGGCAGCAGCGGCGCGGUCACCGUCCCUGAGCCAGCCGCCAUACGACCGCUACAGCAUCAGCUCGGACGCGUCGACGCCGAGCCGCGACCUGCCGCCGCCGAAGGACGAAAUCCUCCGGGUCAAGGGGCAGAUCUACCGCAGGCCGCAGGACUUUUGCAACAACCAGAAGAUUGCGUGCCUCGACAUGUUCCACGAGGCGUCGCGCGCGUGCCGGCGGGCGACGCCGAGCCAGGCGCAGGAGCGGGCGUUUCUGCACGGCAUCUUCGAGAACGGCUGGUGCAGCGAGCUGGGGCCGCCGGCGGCGCCGAAGCUGGCGCGGCGGCAGGUGGCGCGGACGCGGCGCGAGAUUGGCAUCAUCAAGGAGGACGUGCUGCCGACGCAGAAGGGCAAGGCGCAGAGCGACGUGCGGCGCAAGGGCGCGUCCGUGUUCGCGCGGAUCCGGGUCAGCGACGACGGGCGGCUGGCGUGGGGCUACAGCGACGCCAACAACCGGCCGGUGCGGUGCCGGUACGUGGCGUGGGGCACGGAGGAGGAGGGGGCGCGGGCGUACGAGGAGGCCAUCGCGGCGUGGGACCGGGCCGAGGUCGAGCGCGUCACGGGCUUCAACAUGGAGCUCGCCGUGUACCUGGCGCGGCUGUGGACGGCGCACUGGACGCGGUGCGGGUAUCCGACGCGGGUGCCGGUGCGGCAUGGGGGCGAGGGCUUUGCGGCGUUGGUGAGCAUGGCUGAGCUGGUGCGGCGGUGA